UUUAAAAUAGCUUAAAAAAUAAAAUAAUAAAAAGUUCGUGUAAGUGUGUAGCAGUUAUUUUGAAACAAUUGUCCUGUACAGUCAGAACAUUCUGAAGGUCUAUAGAGCAUGGAAUGAAAUCUCUAAGAUAUGAGUCUUAGAUUCAUGAAUUAAUUGUGUGUUCCAAGACUCUGAAAAAAGAAAGCUUUCUCUCUAUUUUGUGACAGUUUGGUAGGUCCUAAUAAAACUACUGUCCAACUGUGGAUUUUGGAUUUUUUCGCAUGGACCAACAUGGUUUGCUUUGUGUUUUUAAAAGAGGUUUUACUAGACAAAGACUGAGACAAGCUGUGUAGCAGUGCGGCAGCCCAGAAGGGACUCCCAGACUUUUCCUACUGUCAAUCAGUUAACUGUGUUUACACAGCCGACUCCAUUCAUUCUCUGAAACAAAAUCACACCCUCUGUGGUGGCCGAUAAGAUUUUAACAGCUUGUUGGGGUAGCUUCUCAGAUUCAUUACGAGUGAACAUUCACAUUCCUUGGGCAUUUCCAGUGUGUGUAACACACAUACCACACACACACAUACCCUGGAAAAAGAGAAGUCUGGUAAUUUAGAAAAAGUAUGUAUCAUCAUCCUAAGCAGCUAGCUGGCAACAAGUGAAUUCUUAAGCUACAUCCAUCAUGUUGAUUCAUUGGAGAAAUGAGCUUCCUGGAACAGACAUGCCAAAUUAUAAACUGGUUUGUUUGCUCUCUGUGUACACCCCAGUUGCUGAGAUUCUGGAGUGGCAAAUGCCCAAGGACUAGAAGGAAUUUGCUGUUGGGCACAGCCUUUGUCAUAUACCUGGGGUUCCUUGUCAGCCAAGUAGGUCACGUUAUCCCACAGCACAGAGUAAGACCUGUAAAAGUAAAUUCCCAGAAUCUCCUGGAUGCUGCCCAGACUCUUUCCCUUGAAAUCCCAUUGGAUGGGACAUUGUUGCUUUCUGACCUGGAAAGACCCAAGGUGGGAACAAAUGAUACUUCAGCACCACCCAACGUGGUGUAUAUCACCCUGAGGUCCAAGCGCAGCAAACCUGCCAACAUCCGAGGCACCGUGAAGCCCAAGCGAAGGAAGAAGCAAGUAGUGCCUUUGCACCAUGAAAACAAGAACCCAAUAGCUGUCACUGGCCAGGAGAAGACCUUUAUCCACAAGUCACUUCAUGGGACUAGUAAUUCUAUGGGCAAGAGGAGAGCAGAAGCCGUCCCAGAGAAAGCAAGGGGCCCCCAGGAGGAUCACAAAGAAAAAGGAGUACUGAAAAAGGAUAAGGGAUAUUGGAGAUCUCUGGUAAGAGGAGUAAAUGUUCAGCCUGGUGCUCAGGAGAGCAAUAUCAGGAUUUACAGUGAGAGCCCACCAUCUUGGCUGAGCAAAGAAGACAUCUCAAGCAUGCGUCUUCUGGCAGAUUCCAGAAUAGACAGUAUGCAUGAGGCACCUUCUCAGCAUGGAGUACUUCUGGUUUUUGGGAGGACUGCUGCUGUUAACAGGUCAGUCAAAGGAGGUGUUUGCAGCCAAAGGCAUUGUGGCUUCAUCAAGAGACCUCUUGACAUGAGUGAAGUGUUUGCCUUCCAUUUGGACAGGAUCUUGGGGCUGAAGCGGACCUUGCCUACAAUAAGCAGGAAAUCAGGAUUUGUACAAGAUGAUCAACCAUGUCCUGUUAUUCUUUGGGAUCCAUCCUUGGCCCAGACAGACAAUGAGACACAUUCUUCUCUGAAGCUAAACUGGGGGGCUUACAAGCAACAAUUAAAGCAGAAGUGUUGGCAAAAUGGCAGAGUGCCCAAAGCAGAGUGGGGAUGUACAGAUAUUCAUCACUAUGAAUGGUCCAAGAUGGCACUCCUAGAUUUUCUUUUACAGAUCUACCAUCGCUUGGACAAGAACUGCUGUGGGUUCAAACCACGCAAAGAGGAUUCCUGUGUACAGAAAGGAUUGAGUAUGAAUUGUGAUGACCAGGAUAACAUUGAUUUAACACACAUUAUCCAGAGAAAGGAUGACCCAAGGCAUUUGGUUUUUAUAGACAAUAAAGGUUACUUUGACAGAAGUGAAGACAAUCUAGAUUUCAAACUAUUACAAGGCAUAAACGAGUUCCCUGAAUCUGCCAUCUCUGUGCUGAAAAGCCAGCGUUUGCGAGAAAAACUUCUUCAGUCAUUGUUCAUUGACAAUUUCUUUUGGGAAAGCCAAGGUGGUCGUCAAGGCAUUGAUAAAUUAAUUGAUGUGAUAGAACGAAGGGCUAAAAUUCUUCUUACUUACAUUAAUGCCCAUGGGGCAAAAGUACUGCCAAUGAAUGAAUGAGGUUGCAAUCCUACGCACUUAUGUGUGAGUAAGCCCCACUGCACACAGUGGAACUUACUUGUAAGUAAACAUGCAUAGGAUUGUUUUGUGAAUGGAUGAAUGAGUAAACAGCUUAGUUUUAAUGAAAGCUCUUUAUACAUUAAAUAAGAAACUCACGCAAACACACCUGAUGUGAAACUUGUUGAUAAUACUUUUAAUUUGCAAAGCACAUGUAAACAAAUGAUAAAACAUUUUAAAAUCAAUAUUCUGUAAAUGUAAUCUGGGAUGUAAGCAUGCCAAAUUAUUUUCUUUAUAAAGACAUACAUAUAUCCAUUGGUUUGUUUCCACUUCGGAAAGCAAGAGUACAUAGCAGAAUUUUCAUCAUUUAUUUGGUUUUGAUAGGAGGAAUAUGUUGUUCACUUCAGAAAAAAACCCUAAACAUAUGACAAAAGUUGCAGCUCUUAGACUACUUAUUUCAAUGGGACUGUUCUGAAAUAAGUGGUUGUUAGGAUCACUGCAAAGACUUGCUUACGGAAAACAUUUAUACAAGGAUUUUUCAAUGAUUUGUUUCAACAAAAGAUGGCAGACCUCAACUACUGUUGAUAUUUUUGUAUGUGUCUAGUAUUGUUUAGUAAAAAGACCAAAUUCACUGUAAUUAGAAGUAUGAUUCUUAAUAUUUAGUUAAAUAAUUUAUAAGUAUAUAUGCCAUCCAGACGACUAAGCAGCUAUUUCAUGGAAUUAUUACAUAUUUGCUUUUGUAGUUUUGUUUAGAACUUUUCUACAAUCUGUUAAUAAUUGUUCAAAAAUUCUGCAGAAAACUAGAAGCCUGCAGCCAAAGAAAUGAUUGGUUAGUUCAUAUCAAUAUGUGAAAUUCAGCUCCACCAUUGCUCACUGCUUCUUGGUCCUCAUUGUUCCAUUAGGGUUGUCAUGUCACAAUAUUGCAAUGCCAGUAGAUAUCACAACUGGCAGAAUUCAUCUGUCAGAGUGUAGACCUUUGACCUAGCAACUUUAUGCUCCCCCCAGCAGCUCCCUCCCUUUUGUGGCUACUAUAUUACGUAAAAUUAUAUUACGGAAUGAGUUUCCAUAGCAUAGUUUCCCCUUCAACGGACAAACCUUUCCCACUUUCAGCGGGGAACCUAUGGCCCUCCAGAUGUUGGACUUCCAUCAGCCCAAGCCAGCAUGGCCAAAUGUCAUGGAUGAUGAGAGUUGUAGUCCACCAACACCUGGACAGUCACAAAGGUUCCCCACUCUUAUCUUUAAGUUCUUUGAGGUAUCUUAAAAACCUCUUUCUUGAUUAGUCCCUUCUUGCCUCAGUUUUCUUCUACUCUUUUUCUUAAGCCCCAUUUUCCACCAAUCCUUUCUUUAGGGUUUUUCUUUUCAAUCCAUUGUCUACUCUGUAGCCAUCAUUCAGCCUUCUUGUUUCUGUGCUCCUUGUCCAUUACCUUUGCUACCUCCUAACCCAGUCUUCAGCCUCUGCCUGUGUGUGAGGUUUUAUUUCCACCCAAAUGUACAAGUUUCCUUCCCUCACAGAAACUGGACUGCAUACUAUGUUGCUCCCUGAGCAACUUGAACAACCUGCUGUAUCACCCCAGCUCACAGCCAGUCAGUAUCAGAGGCUUCACUGCCACAAGUGCCAUUCAUUUCAGAUGGUUUAUUAAAAAUGGACAUUUAGAUCAGAGGUUCUCAAACUGUGGUCUGUGGUAUAUCUGUGGAUUUGUGGUUAAGGACAGGAGAUGGCACAUCCAUCACAUUAAAUAUUCUUAUUGAUUUUAAUUGUAUUUUUAGUGCUUUUAUUUCUUAUAUUGCAUUACAAACUAAAUCCUACAGAAUUCAAACUGUAAUACAAUAGAAUACAAUCUGUAAGAAAUAAAAGUAAUAAAAAUACAAUUAAAAUCAUUCAGCAUCUAGCACAGCACACAAUUGCUACAAGAGGCAGAAAAAUCAUUAAGUCAUCCUGCCAAGACCCUCAGCAAUUAUCAAGUGGUCUGUGGGGAAAACGUUUGGGAACCAUUGAUGUAGAUUAUUUCUUGCAUCAAUGCUGUGAUAUUGUAGUUUUCAAAUCUAACUUGUAGGUCACCAUUCUACCUUUGUUCAGCUAUUUAACCAAUGAAACUAGGUUUUCAUUAUGCAAAAUACUGGUGAUUGUAACUUUAAUUUUACCUUGCUCUGAGUAUUCUGCAAUAUUAUAAAAUGUGGUUUGAAAACAUUCCUUCCAAUUAACACAUUCUAAAGAACACUGAUAAAAACAAACUGAAAAGGGACAUGAAUAUCAAUAUUGCUAUUAGUAUGGAACCUUGACUUAAAGCAUGUGUGUUGUGGUUUCUUGAUAUCCUUGUGAAUUCAAAACCUACACAAGUGGCCCACCUAAGAAUCCUGACAUUUAUAGUUUGAUGAGAGUAUGUCAUAGGGAAUGGGAAUAAUGACUACUUAACAAGCUUAAGCCUGCGGUCUACAGAUACCAUUUCAGGCUCUAAUACAGAAUCUUAGGGCUUAUCCAGACGACUGCAAAAUGCGUGAAACGCCCGCUAUGUGUGUUCAUUAUUUUUCGGUCGUCCAAAUGACGUCUCACGCUGUUACGCAUUUUCACGGGUUAAAUCUGCUCCUUGCAAUACUGGCAAGAAUGCGAUUUGCUGUUUAAAAUCGGGAUUCAUCCACUGUGCCUUCAGGAGCUAGGAUGCAAUAUGGUGGACUUUACUGCUGAUGGGCGGUUCUUGGGCAUUUCGCCUUGCCCCUUCUCCUCAUUCCAGCCUAUCACGUAUCUGCACUUUUGCGCAUGUGCGAGAAUAAGCCCGGGAAAAUUGAACCAAUCAUCGCAAUGGUGGGGUGUUGGGGGGGGGGUCUGCCACUACUGCGCAGAUGCAUUUUAUUUUUUGCUAGCUUGAAAACUGGGCGGCUGCUCUGGGUGAGAUCUGCAACACACAGCAAGCGAGAAAGGGGCUGCUGGUUGGUUUCACACCUGCCUCCAGAAAGCUUUGUCAAUUUCAUUCUAUUGGCUGGGGUUUUUCUUUCAAAUCAUUUCGCUGCAGGAAGGAAAGGGAGAAGGAGGGGGGGUGACAUGGAAUGUAUGCAGGUAGAAUGAAAUUGAUAAACCUUUCCUGAGGCAGGUGUGAAACUGACCAGCAGCCCCUUUCUUGUUUGUAUUUGCCAUAUUACGCUUAAACGAAUGUAUGCUUUUCUGCCUUUAUGGAUAUUUAAGGAGAUACACAUGCUGGCAAUUGCACUUAUUUCUCCAAAAAAGCAAGAAACGUGUCACCCCCCCCUUCCCCUUUUCCUUCCCGUGGCAAAAUGAUUUGAAGCAAAAAACCCAGCAAGUAGAAUGAAAUUGACAAAGCUUUCCGGAGGCAGGCUGAAACUGACCACCCCCCUCCUUCUCCCUUUCGUUCCGUGGCAAGAACUCUUUUACAGCCAUAUUGUGCUUUGUUGCAAAGGGGGAGAGGAGCAUACAUCAUUUUUUUGCUGACCAAUUGGUUGAUAGGGGGAGGCUUUAGAGGCGGAUCUUGGAAAAAGCGAAAAGAAUGUAGCGGUCCUACCGCUGCGGGUGCGGGUGCAAAAAAGUGUUUUUUUUAAUUGGGAAAGAGCGAACUAAAAGGCAAAGUGAGGACUAUCAGAUGACAAACCGAAUAUGGAAACCGUGGAUUAUCCCACUUCGUUUGGAUAAGCCCAUGUGGGUGUCCCUUAUUCACUCUUGGAAGUACUUUCAUUUUGAUGAUUCAGCUCUAAUUGGUGGAAAUGCUUGCAUGAAAAGGGAAUUAAAUGUGUCAACAGAAGGCAUAAAACCAAAUCCCCAGGGUCAUAACAGUGCUCCAAAGUAGCUUUUUUCCUUUAUCUUUCUGUGUGUGAGAGAUUGUACUAACUCCUGUAUCUAAUUAUACACACUUGUGACGAUUGCACUGAACCUAAAUGACUGCAUAGCUUAUGUAAACACGGCCUAUAUUUGUCCCUGAAAGAAAAUGGCCCUUUUCAUAUCCAUAAAUCCAGUUCUUUGUUUUGAGUGCCCAUUUCCCUAGCAGUGGCUUGUGCCAAACAAGCACUCUCCAUAGGCAUUUAUAUGCUGUUAAAAAAUUUUCUGCUCACCUUAACUGCUGGUGCAAGGGUGACAGCUAAAUUAAUCUGUUUGAUUUUAGAACAGCAGCAGACCUUUAUUCCAUCCUGAGAAACAGGACAAAAUGAACUUGGACACAAAGCCUUUCAGACAAAUCUGGAGCAGUUUUCACUUGUUUCGGUCACUUAUUUUAUAAUUAUUUUAUAAUAAUCUGUACCAGGCUACUUUCCAUUUAUGGGCAUAUGGGAUCAGACAUAUCUUCACAUUCCAGACUAGUCUGAAGGGAUGAGAGUAGCAAGGAAUCCAGGAUCUUGGUGUGGGAAAAAUGAGCAUGUGUAAAAAAAAAUCCUGGGUAAAAUGCCAACUUUUUAAGUUGAAAAGGCCUGCUGAGAUUAUGAAAAAAUAUUUUCAUAAUUAUAAAAUCUGAGAAUGUUUGCUGGUUUGUUUGCACACUAAGGAAUCCACUUCUCUCUGUUCUCCUUUUGUUGCACAUGAUAAAAUAGCUCCGUUCAGAUGUUCCUUCGAGUACCCAUCUAUUUACACAACUGUGUGCAUAUUUUCUUUACAUUAAAUAGAAAUGUUUCAAUUUAGAGCUCAGCAUGGAACUUCUCUGUGCGUGUCUUCACCGUCCAAUUUGACAGAGAUUUGUAUAUAAAUGCUUUUUGCAUACAUGAUGCUAGAAGUAAAUGGGAAUCUUUGUGUGCAGUGGAGAGACUUGUGUUCAUUCCCCCAUGCCCACAAGGAAUCUACCCAGUUGAGUUGAUAGGCACUGAUAGUCAAUCGAGAAUAGUCCCUAUUUAUCUCUGGACUGGCACACACCACCAAUUACCAUCAAGCCAGCAGUUACAAACUCUGCACAUUCUGGCACUUUUCUUUGUGGUCAACAGUACACAUAAAACCUGGCAUGAAUGUACACUGUCCUUUUAAAAUAUGUGAUUAUCUGAUGUGUAUAGGUAGAUGCUGUGUUAGACCACCAGACCCAAUAGAAUUAAAUAGAAACAAAGCUACUACUGGAAUUUUUUUACUUUAAUGACAAAAUGCAUUGAUGAUAGGCAACUCUGCUCUUCUGCUGAAACGAGUCGAAAGCUAUAAGAAAGUAUUUGUUGAAUUUAUAUAGUGAAAGUAAAAAACCAAACAAAACUGCAUUUGGAGUAUUAGCAAAAAAUAACUAUAGUAUUAAUGCAGGGUACUGUGGGAAGAGCGGUUAACAACUUUGUUUGCUUCACAGUUGAAGAUUCCAUCUCUGUUUGUGCUUUGAAUUUAUGUAUAUUUUUGCAGUGUUAGCUUAUUGCACUUGCACUGUCAAUGUUAAAUAUAUUUUGGGGUUUUAGAAAUAUAUAUUUUUCGUUAAAAAGUCUCUGCUGUUGUCUUGGAAAAUAAAACAAUAACUAAUAACCGUAUCUCCCAAAUUUUUUUGACUAAAGUGUGUGUGUAUGUAAUUGGAUGCUUUGAAGUAAUUGUAUUAACUCUAUUGAAAACCACAGGCCACUAAUUUAUUUUAAAAUGUGAAUAUAUUUGCUAGAAAAACAACUCAAGCUAGAU